AGCUGCUGUGUGGUCACGUGAUCCGAGUAACAUGGCCGCUACUUCCUGAGCUCCGCCGGUGCCGGUCUGAAGCAGCUCGCGUGAGCUUUUGUGCGGCCAGAGGCAGGUGUGCAGGGGCGGGGUCCAGGCCCGGGUUCCGAGGCUGCACGCGGCGGCCGAGCGAGGCUGGCGGGCCCCGGGCGGCGUGGUCCAUGAGCCGGCGCCGGAGGCAGCGCGGAGCCGCAGACUCCCCUGGUCCCGGCGCGGCCCGGGCAGCCGCGGGCUGAGGAGCGGGGCUCUGGGGAGCGCCCCGACCUGCCACCAUGAAUCCCGAGAAGGACCUCGCGCCGCUUACACCCAACAUCGUGCGCGCUCUGAAUGACAAGCUCUACGAAAAGCGGAAGGUGGCAGCGCUGGAGAUCGAGAAGCUGGUCCGGGAGUUCGUGGCCCAGAACAACACCGUGCAAAUCAAGCAUGUGAUCCAGACCCUGUCUCAGGAGUUUGCCCUGUCUCAGCACCCCCACAGCCGGAAAGGGGGCCUCAUCGGCCUGGCCGCCUGCUCCAUUGCACUAGGCAAGGACUCAGGGCUGUACCUGAAGGAGCUGAUUGAGCCGGUGCUGACCUGCUUCAGUGACGCAGACAGCAGGCUGCGCUACUACGCCUGCGAGGCCCUCUACAACAUCGUCAAGGUGGCCCGAGGGGCCGUGCUGCCCCACUUCAACGUGCUCUUUGAUGGGCUGAGUAAGUUGGCUGCUGACCCAGACCCCAAUGUGAAAAGCGGAUCUGAGCUCUUAGACCGCCUUUUAAAGGACAUUGUGACGGAAAGUAACAAGUUUGACCUGGUGGGCUUCAUCCCCUUGCUGCGGGAGAGGAUUUACUCCAACAACCAGUAUGCCCGGCAGUUCAUCAUCUCCUGGAUCCUGGUUCUGGAGUCCGUGCCAGACAUCAACCUGCUGGAUUAUUUGCCAGAGAUCCUGGAUGGACUCUUCCAGAUCCUGGGUGACAAUGGCAAAGAGAUUCGAAAAAUGUGUGAGGUGGUCCUUGGAGAAUUCCUGAAAGAAAUUAAGAAGAACCCUUCCAGUGUUAAGUUUGCUGAGAUGGCCAACAUCCUGGUGAUCCACUGUCAGACCACGGAUGACCUGAUCCAGCUGACAGCCAUGUGCUGGAUGCGGGAGUUCAUCCAGCUGGCCGGCCGGGUGAUGCUGCCCUAUUCUUCUGGGAUCCUCACUGCCGUCCUGCCAUGUCUGGCCUAUGAUGACCGCAAGAAAAGCAUCAAGGAGGUGGCCAAUGUGUGCAACCAGAGCCUGAUGAAGCUGGUCACCCCUGAGGAUGAUGAGCCUGAUGACCCAAAGCCAGGGGUGCAGAGGCAGGCAGACCCCAGCCCCGAGGACUCCCUGGCAAAGCAGGAGGGGACAGCCGGUGGAGGCCCUGAGGGUUCUUGUGACUCCAGCUUCAGUAGCAGCAUCAGUGUCUUCACUCCAGCUAGCACUGAAAGGGCCCCUGUGACCCUCCACCUCGAUGGGAUUGUGCAGGUCCUAAACUGCCACCUCAGUGACAUGGCCAUCGGGAUGAUGACCAGGAUUGCUGUCCUGAAAUGGCUCUACCACCUCUACAUAAAGACUCCUCGGAAGAUGUUCCGGCACACAGACAGCCUCUUCCCCAUCCUACUGCAGACACUCUCGGACGAGUCUGACGAGGUUGUCCUGAAGGAUCUGGAGGUAUUGGCGGAAAUUGCCUCCUCUCCUGCAGGCCAGGCGGAUGACGCAGGCCCUCUUGAUGGCCCUCAUCUCCGGGUCAGCCACUCAGAGCUCCAGCUGCCCACGCCUGGCAGAGCUGGCCCACUGAGUGCCCCUGGUACCAAAGGCUUAGAAUGUUCUCCUUCCACUCCCACCAUGAACUCCUACUUCUACAAGUUCAUGAUCAACCUUCUCAAGAGGUUCAGCAGUGAGCGCAAGCUCCUGGAGGCCAGAGGCGCUUUCAUCAUCAGGCAGCUCUGCCUCCUGCUGAAUGCGGAGAACAUCUUCCACUCCAUGGCCGACAUCCUGCUGCGAGAGGAGGACCUCAAGUUCGCCUCGACCAUGGUCCACACCCUCAACACCAUCCUGCUCACCUCCACGGAGCUCUUCCAGCUGCGGAACCAGCUCAAGGACCUGAAGACACUGGAGAGCCAGAGCCUGUUCUGCUGCCUCUACCGCUCCUGGUGUCACAACCCGGUCACGACAGUGUCCCUCUGCUUCCUCACCCAGAACUACCGGCAUGCCUAUGACCUCAUCCAGAAGUUCGGGGACCUGGAGGUCACCGUGGAUUUCCUCACAGAGGUGGACAAGCUGGUGCAGCUGAUCGAGUGCCCCAUCUUCACAUAUCUGCGCCUGCAGCUACUGGACGUGAAGAACAACCCGUACCUGAUCAAGGCCCUCUACGGCCUACUCAUGCUGCUGCCCCAGAGCAGCGCCUUCCAGCUGCUCUCCCACCGGCUGCAGUGCGUGCCCAACCCCGAGCUGCUGCAGACCGAAGACAGUCUGAAGGCAGCCCACAAGUUGCAGAAAGCAGACUCCCCCAGCAUCGACUAUGCAGAGCUGCUGCAGCACUUUGAGAAGGUCCAGAAGAAGCACCUGGAAGUGAGGCACCAGCGGAGUGGGCGCGGGGACCACCUGGACCGGAGGGUUGUCCUCUGACAGGCCUGGGGAGAAGGGCCCAAGGAGUGGUCCCAUGGAGCACUCGGGGUCUUCAGGCCCCUCCCCGCAGAGCCCAACAACCUGUCUCAGGCAGGGUUGGGCCUGGCCACCAGCCCAGGGCAGGGUGUGGGGACAAAGGCUGUCCUCCCAAGCUCCUCUCAGCCCAGACCCCUGGGUCCCCAGCGCUGUCAUCUGUACCCUAGCAUUCAGACAGAGCUGGCUUCCCACCACUGGGGGGCCACAGCCUCAGACACCACCCGUUCUUUGGAAUCGUCUCUUUCUAAAACCUUUUGUCAAAGAGCUUGACCUCCCUGACCUGCCAGAGCUCUGGCUUCUUACUGGUAUGUGUGCACAUAGGAGAAUACAUACCUGUGUGCACAUAGCCAGCAGAGAGGUCCAAAUGAAUGAUGCACCCCCUGCCCGAAUAAAGAAAUGACAGAUAA